GGAAGAGGUUAAAUAACUUAACUCCUUGUUGUCGUAAUCUGAAGAAUCGAAUACGCUGCUAUCUCUUCCGGUCGUCAAUGGUGUCUCCCUAGCCAGUGUCGCUAAACCAUUAAGGAGCAGAGAAUUUCAUUCCACCAUGGCCGAGGCUGACGAGCAGCAAAAGAAGAAGAGGACCUUCCGUAAGUUCACCUAUCGUGGGGUGGACUUGGAUCAGCUUCUCGACAUGAAAACGGAACAGCUGAUGGAGUUAUUCAACUGCCGAGCUAGGAGGAGGUUCUCCCGAGGUCUGAAGAGGAAACCAAUGGCUCUCCUGAAGAAGCUCCGCAAGGCAAAGAAAGAAGCCCCCCCAAUGGAGAAACCUGAAGUUGUCAAGACUCAUUUGAGGAACAUGAUUAUUGUUCCUGAAAUGGUUGGCUCCAUCGUUGGUGUGUAUCAGGGAAAGACCUUCAACAGCGUUGAGAUCAAGCCUGAGAUGAUUGGUCAUUACUUGGGAGAAUUCAGCAUCACAUACAAGCCUGUGAAACAUGGAAGGCCUGGGAUUGGUGCCACCCACAGCUCUCGGUUCAUCCCUCUCAAUCUAACGUAG